UCCUGGGGAAGAGGACAGAAGCAUUCCGGAGCCGUAAGGCUGGCAGCUGACUGACAGCCGGAUCCCCAGGCUCCGUCAAACAUUUGCUGAUGAGUUUCAAGUUGGUGAAGGCUCGCAGUGAGAGAUUAAGAGCCCAGGUUGGCAGAGGGAGUGCGCUACAACUCUGAGCUCGGAGAAGGAGUCCGUCCUGUAGCUCAUCUGCUGAGCCCCGGGCUGUGAGGCUGAUGUGUUGCUGUCUGCGGCUGAUACAGCCAGCACCUUGUCUUUCCAGACUGGCAGUCUUGGGCUAGAUUUGCCUGUUGCAUUUGGUUGCCAUAGCAGCAGAAAAAUGAGGAAAAACGGGAACACCUGGCAAGCAGAUGCAGAAACUUGACUGUUCAGUUUUCCUUCCUGGUCUAAGAGACGGUGUUGGUGACAAUCACAGGCCAAAUCCACAUAUGUCGAAGCAAGAAGGAAACCAAAGACCGUCCAGCAUGGUCAGUGAAACGUCCACAGCCGGGACCACUUCUACCAUGGAGGCCAAGCCUGGCCCCAAGAUCAUAAAGUCCAGCAGUAAAGUCCACAGCUUUGGGAAGAGGGACCAAGCCAUUCGGAGGAACCCCAAUGUUCCGGUGGUGGUGAGGGGCUGGUUGCACAAGCAGGACAGUUCUGGGAUGAGGCUGUGGAAAAGGAGGUGGUUUGUGCUGGCUGAUUAUUGCUUGUUUUACUAUAAAGACAGCCGAGAAGAAGUGGUCCUUGGGAGCAUUCCUCUGCCCAGCUACGUGAUCUCAACAGUGGCCCCCGAGGAUCGCAUAAGUCGCAAGUAUUCCUUUAAGGCCGUGCACAUGGGGAUGCGAGCACUCAUCUAUAAUAGCUCCACCCGGGGCUCUCAGGCCGAGCAGUCGGGCAUGAGGACCUACUACUUCAGUGCCGACACCCAGGAGGACAUGAACGCUUGGGUCAGGGCCAUGAACCAGGCUGCACAGGUGCUAUCUCGAUCGUCACUGAAGAGGGACACGGAGAAGGUGGAGCGGCAGGCGGUCCCCCAGGCCAACCACACAGAGUCCUGUCGAGAAUGUGGCCGCAUGGGACCCGGACAUGCAAGGGAUUGUUCUCAUCGCAACCACGAGGAUUCCUUUGGAUUCGAGAGGCGGGAGCAGGAGGAAGACCGGUUCCGGUCCCAGAGGGACCCACUGGAGGGCAAGCGGGACAGGAGCAAGGCCAGGUCCCCAUACUCGCCAGCCGAAGAGGAUGCCUUGUUCGUGGAUUUACCCAGUGGCCCGAGAGGCCAGCAGGCUCAGCCCCAAAGGGCAGAGAGGAACGGUGUGCUGCCUGUCACAUCUGGCCCAGGAGAGCAGAACGGGACUGGCGGGUACCAGCGGGCCUUUCCUUCCAGGACCAACCCUGAGAAGCACAGCCAGAGGAAGAGCAGCCUGGCGCACGUGGAGCAGUGGGCAAAGGCCCAGAAGGCAGACGGCAGGAGCCUGCCCCUGGACCAGACCCUUCCUCGCCAGGGUCCCAGCCAAUCCCUGUCCUUCCCAGAAAACUACCAGACUCUUCCUAAGAGCAGCCGACACCCGUCAGGGGGCUCUUCACCCCCUCCCCGCAACCUGCCGAGUGACUACAAGUACGCGCAGGACCGAGCCAGCCACCUGAAGAUGUCGAGUGAGGAGCGCCGGGCACACCGGGACGGCACCGUGUGGCAGCUCUAUGAGUGGCAGCAGCGCCAGCAGUUCCGGCACGGUAGCCCCACGGCGCCCAUCUGUGCGGGCUCCCCAGAGUUCGCCGACCAGGGCCGGAGCAGGAGCAUGUUAGAGGUGCCCCGCUCCAUCUCUGUGCCUCCAUCUCCCUCGGACAUCCCUCCCCCGGGGCCCCUGAGGGCCUUCCCACCCCGGCGGCCACACACGCCAGCAGAGAGGGUCACUGUGAAGCCACCGGACCAGAGAAGGAGUGUGGACAUCUCGCUGGGCGGUUCUCCCAGGAAGGCAUGGGGCCACACCACCAAGAACUCCUCUCAUGUGGACCGACGCUCCAUGCCCUCCAUGGGUUACAUGACCCACACUGUCAGUGCUCCCAGUUUACAUGGAAAAUCGGCUGACGAUACCUACCUCCAGCUGAAGAAAGACCUGGAGUACCUGGACCUAAAGAUGACAGGCCGGGAUCUUCUCAAGGACCGAAGUCUGAAGCCAGUGAAGAUUGCCGAGAGUGACAUUGACGUUAAACUGAGCGUCUUCUGUGAACAAGACAGGAUCCUCCAGGACUUGGAAGACAAGAUACGAGCCCUUAAGGAGAACAAAGAUCAGCUGGAAUCCGUGCUGGAGGUGUUGCACAGACAGAUGGAGCAGUACCGAGACCAGCCCCAGCACCUGGAGAAGAUUGCCUACCAGCAGAGGCUGCUGCAGGAGGACCUUGUCCACAUCCGGGCAGAGCUCUCCAGAGAGUCCACUGAGAUGGAAAAUGCCUGGAAUGAAUACCUGAAGUUAGAGAGAGAUGUGGAGCAGCUGAAGCAGACCCUGCAGGAGCAACACAGAAGAGCCUUUUUUUUCCAGGAGAAAUCGCAGAUACAGAAGGAUCUCUGGAGGAUCGAAGAUGUCAUUGCAGGCCUGAGUGCAAAUAAAGAGAACUUCAGAAUCCUGGUGGAAUCGGUCAAAAAUCCGGAGAGGAAAACAGUGCCUUUGCUUCCUCACCCGCCUGUGCCUUCAAUCUCCUCUUCUGAGAGCAAGCCGCCCCUGCAGCCCAGCCCGCCCACCAGCCCCAUGCGGACCCCUCUGGAGGUUCGACUCUUCCCCCAGCUGCAAACCUACGUGCCGUACCGACCUCACCCGCCCCAGCUGAGGAAGGUGACGUCUCCCCUUCAGUCACCAACCAAGACGAAGCACAAAGUUGAAGACGAGGCACCUCCCAGGCCCCCGCUCCCUGAGCUCUACAGCCCGGAGGACCAGCCCCCGGCCGUGCCACCUCUACCGAGGGAGGCCACCAUCAUCCGGCACACUUCAGUGAGGGGCCUCAAGCGGCAGUCGGACGAGAGGAAGCGAGACCGGGAGCAGGGGCAGUGUGUGAACGGGGACUCGAGGGUGGAACUCCGGUCAUACGUCAGUGAGCCUGAGCUGGCGACCUUCACUGGGGACAUGGCCCCUCCCUCCCUGGGACUCGUGGGCUCUGAGAGCAGGUACCAGACGUUGCCAGGCAGAGGGCUCUCGGGGUCCACGUCAAGGCUCCAGCAGUCGUCCACCAUUGCUCCCUACGUCACGCUUCAGAGGGGUCUAGAUGCCGAAAGCAGCAAGGUGACCUACCCUAGACCCAGGAGUGCCUUGGAGCGCCUGUACUCAGGGGACCACCAGCGGGGCAAGAUGAGCGCGGAGGAGCAGCUCGAGCGCAUGAAGCGGCACCAGAAGGCGCUGGUCCGGGAGCGCAAGAGGAUGCUGAGCCAAGGAGAGAGGACGGGUCUGCCCUCGUCCCGCUACCUCAGCCAACCACUCCCUGGAGAUCUCGGCUCAUGGAAGCGCGAGCAGGACUUUGACCUGCAGCUGCUGGAACGGGCCGUACAAGGGGACAGAAAGGACAAGGAGGAGAAUGGCUGGCUGAAGGUGCGGGCUGUGCCUGUCACUGAGUUGGACCUGGAACCACAAGACUAUGACGUGGACAUCAGCAGAGAGCUCUCCAAACCAGAGAAGGUCUCCAUCCCCGAGCGUUACGUGGAGCUGGAUCCUGAAGAGCCGCCCAGCCUGGAGGAGCUGCAGGCGCGGUACCGCAAAGCCGAGAAGAUCCGGAACAUCCUUGCCCGGUCCAGCAUGUGCAACCUGCAGCCAGUGUCUGGCCAGGACCAGGACAGCGUGGCCGGCCUGGGCUCGCAGCUGCAGGAGCAGGAGCGCAUCAUCAACAUCUCCUACGCCCUGGCCUCCGAGGCCUCGCAGCGCAGCAAGCAGGUGGCAGCACAGCAGCUGGCCCUCCUCCCGCCUAAAGCCCCCCUGUCCUCCAGGACGGUGCCACCUUACCCCCCCUUAAGCAACGGACUCCACUACACCUUUGUCUAACACCUUCCAACCCAGGCAGUGACUGACCCGUGAUCCAGCGUGCAGAGAAGUCUGGAGCCAGGGGCCAGUGGAACCAGUUUCCUCCGAGAAGAUUGAUCCUUCUUCCCCUUCCAGCUGAGCCGGGGUUCAGGCUGGAGGACAGAGCACCACCAGCUGUGGGGCAUUCACCACAGGGCUAGGACCUAACACCCACGCUUGUUUUAGUUCAGACUCCUUUUUACAUGUGACAAAGGCACUUUUAAUACACACUGUAAAAUACUGACUCUGUAUUUUAGAAUCAGGCUAUAUUUUAUAAUGUUCACCUCAAGGGCUGAGUGGCUGAGAAGGUGAGGAUGCAGGAUUUUGGAGCUGCACAUACAGAUUCAGGUACUGUUUGGGUGGUGGGUGUGGGUGGGAGCCGAAGGGCAGGGUGAGCAGAGGCCAGUCCAGCGUCUGCUGAACUCAAGUGAGGUUGGAUUGGAGCUGUACUUCCAGUGGAUUCCAGUGUUGGGCUCAUUGGUCUGUUGUCCAGGGCAGUGAUCAGCUGACCCUGACCUGGCCUGAUGACCAGCUCUGUAGGGUGAAACUCCACCGAGCUGGCACGUGGAGCCUCGGCCUUGGGCCUGGCUUAGGCCCAAAGGUGUGUCCAAGAACUUUGGUUCCCAACCUGCCCAUGAGGUUGUCUCAGCAAAGGGCUCUUCAAAAAAAAAAAAAACAAAACAAAAACAGUUCGCUGUAAUUAAAAAAAAAAAAAAAUACACUUUGAAAUACAGAAAAGGUGAGAAGAAACACCUUUGAUUUGUAUCAUAAGCAAUAAACGUCACACUGGGUGGCAUCUACCUACAACUCCCUGAGUCCGCACUAGGCUGUGAAAGGUAUCCUGGGGUCUUUGCGGCUGGCCCCUGAGAACACAGGUCAGCCUACCCAGGACUUGGGUCAGGCGGCAGGUGGGCAGGCAGCAGGCCCCUACCCUCCCUGAUGGCCAGCAGGGCCACGAUGACAGGACUAUGACUUGACUUCCAGCCUAAAACGGGGAGGGCGCUGUUAAGCCAGGCGCAGUGUUUGUGGCCCUUUAUGUAAGUCAUGAGCUCAUGAUAUUCUGCAUCCGGAAAAUGAAGUUGAAAGACAAACAGACAAACAAACAAAAAACAACUCCAUUGGGUGGAGCCACACUUUAAAUGAAAAUUUGUCUUUGACUAUGGUCAGAAAAAUAAUCUUGAAUAUAUUUAGAAGUUGCCGUCUAUUUUUAACUAACUCCAUAUGCUGCCAGUAUCAACUUCAUGACAUUUGCCAAAAUAAGAUUUUAUUUUUGCCUUUAUAAGAUUUUGUUGGAAAAAAUGAAAUGACUAUUUUGCAAGAAAAAGUUAAUUUAAAUAAAACUGUAAUGGUUUGCAAAAAAAAAAAAUGUGAUGUAC